CUUAUCAGCCUAUUCUUUGUUUCAUACUGCAGUUUAAAUCCCUUGCACGCGUUAAUGCAGUUUUGAUUGUAAAUUUAUAAAACAGACAACGGACUAUCUUCUUGAUUUUACCACGCUUGAGUUAAGACCCCAAUUCUAUCAUUUGAUUGCCUGCUGUACACGCACACUCUACCACACAAGCUCAGGCAUUCCAGAUGAUAACGCUCUCAUAAAUACGUGUCAGUUCAGUUGCUUUCGCUUUGCUCCAGCACAGUCGUACGACGUCGGAGCCAGCAAGCAGAACUCCCCGGGAUAACGAGCGUAAUAUUGCGGUGCGAUAAUAAGUGAAACAGCUGACAAAAGAAGUGUGGCCUAGUGAACCGUUUCCGCCGACGCACCUUGCAUUGACCGGCCGGUACUUUACGCAAAAACCCGUUUGCACUUGUCGUGUGCGUUUGCAAGUGCGAGCAUUGUUUGUUUACAUAUCGCCACGUUUGAUCGGGAGCGCGUUCUUCCAACAGCGAAAUCGUUUCAUUCGGGCCGAGUUCAUUGUGCGGUUCGUGCACGUGCUCACGACGAUGACGAGCGAUCGGAGCGACCUCUGUGUGCAAGUACUCGAAGCUGUACCCAAUUGCGCGCGGUUGUCUCGGCUGUUGGAAUGUUUUUCAAAUGAAUUUGCACGUGCUCCGAGCUUCAUUGUGCGGUGCAGUGGAAGAGUGAACAUUAUUGGUGAGCAUGUGGAUUACUGUGGAUAUCCCGUGUUUCCGAUGGCCAUCGAACAGACGAUCCUGUUGGCGGUGGCUCCCUCGGACGACAAUCUACUGCACAUCAAGAAUGCUGACAACCACUUCAAGCCAUACAAGUGCAAUGUGCUCACAUUUAGCAUUGAUGUGCCCACUGUUGGUGGACCUAACUGGUAUCAGUACGUGUUGUGCGGCGUAAAAGGAAUAUUGGAAAACAGCACCAUACCGCAUGAGGCUCCCCGUGGCAUGAUGAUCAUGCUUUCUGGCAACAUUCCCCCAGCUUCGGGACUUUCCAGCUCGAGUGCUAUCGUUAGUGCCACAGUUCUUGGGACAGCAUACAUGCACAAUGCCACACUGAACAAACAAACUCUGGCCACCAUUUCAGCCGAGUGCGAAAAGUUCAUCGGCACACAGGGUGGCGGAAUGGAUCAGGCCAUUGCAUACCUUGCACAGGAAGGAUGCGCUCAGCUGAUUGAGUGGAAUCCGCUUCGAGCUACUCCAGUUCAACUGCCCGCAAAUGGCGUGUUUGUCAUUGCCAACAGCUUGUCCGAAGCGAACAAGGCUGCCACUUCCGAUUUCAACCAGCGUGUCGUGGAGUGUAGGCUUGCUAGUCGACUGCUGGCGAAGCAGAUGAAAUUGAACUGGCGCGAUCUGAGCCGUUUCGCCGAUCUGCAGAAGGCGCUUGGCUAUUCUCUGGAGCAGAUGGAAGCUCUUGUGAAUGGCAAUCUGGGUCUGAAUGUGUACACUCGGGCGGACUUGCUCAAGUUGCUGGAAGUAACAGAGGAGGACUUUACGAAUAAUCUACUCACGCCAAACACGCGCCAUUCACAGACAUUCAAACUCAGGCAGCGUGCGUUACAUGUCUUGCAAGAAUCACUUCGGGUACAACAGUUUAUAGAAACUGCUCGAACCUAUCCAGACGACAGCAUUUCGCGCAUGAAAUCCCUCAUGAAACAGUCGCAUGAAUCGUUACGCACGCUUUACGAAUGUUCGCAUGAAAACUUGGAUCGCAUCGUCGAAAUCUCCGAUCAACUGGGCGUAGGAACGCGUCUUACUGGAGCUGGAUGGGGCGGAUGCGUUGUGGCACUCUGUGACGGUGUGGAGGAAAGUGAACGCUUUGUCGAGGCACUGAAAACGAAAUUCUAUUCCAACAUUCCCAAGGCACAAACAUGCGAAAUCGGAAGCUUGUGCUUUACCACCAGCCCACAAAGAGGAGCCGAAAUUUAUUUGAUCGAGAAACAAAACAACAUUUUGAACCCAAGUGCCUAAGGGAUAAUUGCUGUUCAAAUUAAUAACUAAAUUUAGUUUACGUUCUGUUGCCGUUAGAAUUUUUAUCAAUCUAUAAUACCAUUUGGGAUUGAUUAAAAGUGUUCAGUUUAAAACUACCACUGUUCAAAGAUGGAUUAGAUAAAUUUAUCAUUUUUUUAUAAUGGAUAAUUAUGUUUCCAUUAGAAUUAAUAUGAUAGCAAUGUUUAUUAAUCGCAAUUGAACAAGCAAUAUAAACCAUUAUCCCUUAAGUUAGCACUUAAUAGUACAAUCUAUCAUUAGUUUUGUUUCAAAUAGUAUCAAUAAGUAAAUAAUGAAUAAAAUGCCAAUAAUUUCUAUUUAGUUUGUAUUAAUUGUACUUAAAAUAUGACAAUCUCUUAACAGAGAAACCAAUGAGA